CUAAGUGGACCAGUCACGCUGACACGCGAGCUAGCCGGCACACGCGGGCACCGUUCCCAGAGGCCCCUCCGAUGAAUCGCACCGCAAUCAUCGCAACCCUUUUGGUUGUCGGGUACCUGUUGGGCAAGGUCAUCACCUUCUUUGUCGUGUACAAGGGGGCCAGGUGGUGGUGGCUCCGGCGCAAGGAGCGAAGGGCGGAGGCGGCGCGCGUGGCGGCCGCGGUCGCAAGGGGGGAGGACCCGGCGGCGCCGCUGCUCGCGGAUGGGAGUGUAGAUGCAGACAGUGAGGCUGUGGCGGUCGCGGUGGCACAAUCACCAGAAGGCACGGCGGUGCACAUAGCAGUGGCAGCAGAUCCGGAGGGACCAGGGGCUGUUGUAGAGGGCCAGGACGCAGCAGCGAGUGCGGCAGGCCCCCCACCGGCAAGUGUGACAGGGCAACGCCCGAAUGGCGACGAGGUCUGACGUGCAGGGGCUUAGUUUGUGCGCCUGAUGUAUUGUAGCCAGCAGGGGUCGAGUUGAGGCGGAGUCUUACCACAGCCGGGUCUGUCGUGUUACAAGUUGUUGGUGGAUGCAUGCAUGUGUGUGAUUUCGAGUCGGUACCAUAGCAUUGUGUCAUUGCCUCAUUGGGCAGCACCUCAAACCUCCAGCACCCAUGGGCUGCUAAUUGUACACGCGACCGAAGUGCAUGGAAGUUGCUACGGGCACCGCGGCCUCUGUAAACCGUGCAGAGUCCCUUCGCAUAUGGUACCUCGAGCCACGCUAGGCCAGUCCGUCUAUAUGUCUACGUCAGUCUCUCAAGCCUGUGUCUGUACUCUGGUUGCCUGCAACCUGCGCACAUGGAGCAGUGGCCCCAUGCACGACCCCAUGCACAGAUGGUGUCUGACCCAGCCACCCGCCGCCUGCACCGCACGCUCUUAGCCAAAACUGCACGUCUGGCGGAACCCAGCUGCCAGCCCCUGCCAGUAUGGGAACAGUCGCCGAAGUCCCCACAAACGCAUGCUCGUGUACCCGCCAACGUUACACUCGUACGCCAGCGAGCCCUUCCCGAGCUCCUACGCCGUCGUUCCACAUCCAUGUCCGUCCGCUCCUCCGCUCUACUUUGAAGCGCAGCGCCAACGGCGCCGCAACACCGCCCGACGCAGGCUCAGCCGCAGGCGCGCAUGCCUUCACUUGCUAUACCUGCGCCGCUGAAGGCGGCACGGCACCCAACGGCAC